AUGAGAUUGCUUUCUAUUAUUAAUUAUCGUGCACGAAUUAUUUGGAUCGUUAUCAUAUUUUCAUCUUUGAUUAAUAUUGUACAAGGAAGCGCAAAUAAUACAGAAACGGAUACUUUUGCCAAUUGUGUUGAUGGUAUGAUUAUACCUAUUUGGCGUCCAUUUUUGCAUCUAAGCAUUGGAAAUCGCAUAUUUCGUGGUAUAGCAUUCUUUUUCAUUAUUGCAUAUCUCUUUUUAGGCGUAUCGAUCGUUGCUGAUCGUUUCAUGUCAUCUAUUGAAGUUAUAACCAGCAUGGAAAGAACAGUACACGUAAAGAGGUCAGGCUUAGAACCGUUGAAAGUAAAAGUGAGAAUAUGGAAUGAUACUGUUAGCAAUCUAACUUUAAUGGCACUUGGUUCAUCCGCACCUGAAAUCCUACUAUCCAUCAUUGAGGUGAUAGGAAGAGGCUUUAAAGCAGGUGAUUUAGGACCAAAUACAAUUGUUGGCUCAGCAGCAUUUAAUUUAUUUAUGAUCAUUGCAAUAUGCGUUAUGGCUAUACCGAAUGGUGAAGUUCGGCGUCAGAAACAUUUGGAUGUAUUCUGCGUCACUGCAGCCUGGUCAUUGUUUGCAUAUAUUUGGAUGUAUUUGAUAUUAUCAGUAUUUUCCCCAGGUAUUAUCGAAAUAUGGGAAGGUUUUUUAACAUUUCUCUUCUUUCCAAUUACGGUAUUAACUGCAUAUAUAGCUGAUAUCAAAAUUAUUCAGAGGCGCUUUAUGCCGCAUCGUUAUCGAAGGACAUCACACGGAAUUGUUGCAACGGAAGGAGAAGAAAUGGAAAUUGUUGGUGAAAAUGGCCAUCUCAAUGUUGGUAGUGCUGAAGAGAUAUAUUUUAUAGAUGAUAUAAUUGAUUCGGCUGUAAAAGCAUUCGAAGAUAAUCGAAAAACAUUUAUCGAAAUUAUGCGUGAAAUCAGGAAAAAGAAUCCACAAAUUGAUCCAAUUGAAUUACAAAAGCAGGCUGAAUAUGAAAUGAUCAGUCGUGGUCCAAAGUCAAGAGCAUUUUACAGAGUGCAAGCAACAAGGCGAUUAAUUGGUGGUGGUCAUGUGAUAAGAAAACAACUUGACAAAGAAUAUCAUAAAUGUGCCGUUGCUCAUGAGCAAAAAAAGCAAUCACGAGCAAAUACCUGUAGAAUAUUUUUUGAUCCGGCUCACUAUACGGUACUUGAAAGUGUUGGAACAUUUGAUGUUGUCAUCUGUCGAGAUGGUGGCCCAGAAGGUCUUACAGUUAUGGUUGAUUAUCACACAGAGGAUGGUACUGCCAAUGCUAUAAAUGAUUAUAUUCCACUCAAAGGAACAUUAAUUUUCCGACCGGAGGAUAAAAUAAAAACAAUAACGAUAGAAAUUGUGGAUGAUGAUGUUUUUGAGGAAGAUGAACAUUUUUAUUUGCACUUGAGUAAUUUAAGAGUACGUACCAAAGAUGGCUUAAUAUUAGAUCCAUUAAAACUCGGUGGUAUACCGCUAGCUACUCUUGAACUUCCUUCCACUGCUACAGUUAUGAUUCUUGAUGACGAUCAUGCUGGUGUAUUUUCAUUUGAGCAUGACCAUUUUCAAAUUGUUGAAAAUUGCGGUCACUUAUCACUUAAAAUAUAUCGAAGUUCUGGCUGUCGUGGUAAAGUUAUUAUACCAUAUAGAGCAAUUGAUGGUACAGCAUUAUGUGGAAAGCAUUACGAAUUCGAAAAAGGUGAAAUUGUCUUUGAAGACAAUCAAACUGAAGCAUUUAUUGAGAUUGGUAUAAGGAAUACUGAGCAAUAUGAACGGAUGGAUUAUUUUUCAAUUGUACUUGAUCAGCCUAUUUGGGUUAGGAAAAUGUCAGAUUUACGAAAAAUUCAAGAACGUUUCUUGAGGCGAAUAAAAAGAAGAAAAAAUGAACCGUUGAGAAGUUUGAAUAAAGAUAGCGAAUCAUUAAAAAGUGGAGAUAAAAAUUUGAUAACGACAGGAAUAUCAAAGUCAUCAACAUGUUCCAUUCCUUCCAAUUAUACUUCCGCUUCUUCACCAAAUCUUCAUCAUCUUUCCAAUAUUUUCAAACGACGAAUGAGUUCUUGGAUGAUAAACAAUCGAGAUGAAGAUUUCGAUGGCGAAAGAGAAAUGUUAAAAAAAGAGGAACUUGAAAUUGCUGAAUUAGGGAAGCCACGUUUAGGAAAAUUCAAACAAUGUCAAAUUACAAUCAAAGAGAGCAAAGAAUUUCGGUGUGUAAUUGAUCGUAUGGUACGAAAUGCUAAUUCAUCAUUUAUGCUCGGUACGACAAGCUGGCGUGAACAAUUUACUGAUGCGCUAACUGUUCAUGCCGGUUUUGAGGAGAAUAAAAGCAUCGAUCAAGAAGAGAUGGAUAAAGCAGAUAAGAAGCUAACACCCGUAUUCUUUGAUUAUUUUAUGCAUUUUUUAUCUCUACCGUGGAAAUUAUUGUUUGCAACUAUACCACCAACAGAUUAUUGGGAUGGUUGGGCAUGCUUUAUCAUAUCAAUUCUUUUGAUUGGUAUGCUAACAGCUAUUCUUGGUGAUUUGGCGUCACAUUUUGGAUGUUGGAUUGGUUUAAAGGAUGCUGUUACCGCUAUUUCGUUUGUUGCGCUUGGUACCUCUAUUCCAGAUACAUUUGCAUCUAAAGUAGCAGCUACACAGGAUAAAUAUGCUGACUCAUCGAUUGGUAAUGUUACCGGGUCAAAUGCUGUUAAUGUAUUUCUCGGAAUCGGAAUAGCAUGGACGAUUGCAGCAAUUUAUCAUCGAUGGAACGGUGAUAAUUUCUAUGUUGAGCCAGGAACACUUGCAUUUUCCGUAACAAUAUUUUGCAUCGAAGCACUGAUUUGCAUUGCAGUGAUUAUAAUUAGGCGACGUCCUCCUAUUGGUGGUGAAUUAGGUGGACCGAUGAAAUAUAAGGUGCUAACAUCUGGUUUGUUCGUUACACUUUGGUUUACUUACCUCGGUCUCUCUACUCUUGAAUCAUAUAACGUCAUUUCUGGUUUCUAG